AUGGCAGCUUGCUGUGCUGAAAAUGGCCUCGCGCGAUUUCAAGAGUUGGCCAAGGUAAACCACGUCCAGCUUCCAGACGACAUGGAUCUGCUUCUCUCUUUUCUUGCGGCAAUGGGCCCGGAAGAGGCCCUCGUGCACUUCGUGGACUCGGGCGGAGGUCCGGAUGUCGCGGAUGUUCCGCUGGCAACGGCAAUGUCCAGCAGUGUCGCGAGUUCGGCCAAAAGCCUCGCGAUGCCACAGGCUGAUAGAGAGCUGAACGGUCCCGAGCAAACUGCACUCGACGAUGCUAUGAUGUCCUCCAGCAUGAGCGCGCAAGAAGAGAAAGUCAAGAAGUUUCAUUCGGAGAUGAGCAGCGCUGGGCUGUCGUCUGCAGCGGUGGUCAUGCAGAUCUCGACAGAGAGCCAAGAGCAGAGUAUUUAUUCCGGUCAAUUAUACGUGUUUCAAUUCAGGCUGGAAACAGCUGGCCCGUUGUCCCUCGAGAUUCGCAGCGAUGGCCCCGAGUUGAAAGUCCAGCCUUCUUCUAUCAGUUUCGAUGUUUCCGAGGAUGUGCCGGUGUACGUGUCGAUCUCGGUGUAUGCAGCCUCCCGAGAAGUCUCAGGAGUGCGGACCGUGACGCUGCAAGGAGGUGAGUGGAAGCGGACUCUUCGGGUGCGGUUUCAAGAACUGCCAGGUGUGGCGCAGCUUCUGUUGCAUGACGAACUCCAAGGGCCAGCUGGGCCGUGGCCCUUGUUGCGGUGGAGCGACAGCGGUGCACCGCAACUUGUAGAGUCAACACUCUGCAAGUUAGAAGAGCUACCGCCCCGGCCGGUCGCGGUCAUCUCGGUUGUUGGGGCAUACCGACAAGGAAAAUCACACUUGUUGAACCACCUGGCAAACGUUGUGGGUAUUGGCUUUGACCUCGGCCAUACGACACAAGGCCACACGGAAGGCUUUGAUUGCAUCUUGAUGCGCCACUGGGAGAAGGAUGAGUACGUCUUGAUUCUCGACACGGAAGGCACAGAGGAUGUGGCAAAAAAUGAGAAGCGAAGCACAGACAUUCUGGUUCUGGCAUGGCUGCUCUCCUCCACGGUGGUAUACAACACCCUGCAUGUCCCACAAAGGCAGAGUGCAGACAUCCUCCAGGCUGCCACACUCCUGGCCCAUCAGGUGCAGAGUUCGAUGCAGCGAGAUGAGGAAGGUGAGACGGGGAGCUAUCCAUCCCUGACCUGGGUGGUUCGCGAUUGGGCGCUUGAGCUACCCGAUGGACAGGAUCUCCAGAGCUACCUGGAGGGCCUCUUGCCUUCCCGGGGCAUCUCCAGGAAGGCCAAGGAGGUCCGGAAGACCGCGGAGGAGAGCGUCGACCAGCUUGAGAAGCUUUUCCCGCGGCGCCAGAUGCUCACUGUGAUCCGUCCCGUCGCUGACGAGGCGGAUCUGCAGCGCUUGGAGAGCCCAGAGGUGCAGCGCAGGGUCCGGCCGCAGUUCACGCGGCAAAUCCGCGAGGCCUGCAAUGCAAUUCGCUCCCAAAGCCGUGCCAAGUGCAUCGGAGGGACUACAUUGCAAACGGGCGCAGUGAUGACGCAGUACAUCAGGGAGGUGGUGCAGGCUGUCAGAUCCGGUGAGAACGUCAUCAUUGAAAGUGCUUGGGCAAGAGUUCAAGAAGCUCUUGCAGAGAAGGGGCUGUCCGCCGCAAGCAAACUCUUUGACGACCUCCUUCGUGCUGGCUUGUCCAGUCUGAAAGCAGAGAUUUUCCAUGCGAAGGGGAGCCAUCUAGUAGCCCAGUUCUGCAGCAGCAGCGAUGGUGUGCCGCUGGAAGAGGAGGAGAUGGAGCGUAUCGUCGAAGAAGCUUCGGAGAAAGCACGGGCCAAACUGGCGGGGCUCGCGCACGGUUGCGAGCCAACUCGUCACCAGGGCGCGGCCGUGGCGCUGCAGCAGCAUGCUAUCCAAGAGCUCAAGCAGCUGAAGAGCGAGAAUCGUGAGCUGUCAGAGGCGUACUGCAGCCUCGUGGCCCAGGAAGUUUGCACGCAGCUGCAAUCCGAGGUUUCGAACUCAAGCGGUACAGAUGUGGGACUGCAGGACUUGCUACAAAUCGCCGUGGACGAGUACGGCUCCAGUGCCAGGGGGCCUGCAAAAUGCCGGGUGGGCCACAGGCACAUGGAGCGCAUGAGUCGAGAAGUGGGUCUUCGACAAGAUGCUCGAGAGCAGUUGCGCAUGCAUCAGGAGGAGGCACAGCAUCUGAUGCUGCUGCAAGAGGCCCAGCAUCUUCAGGACAUGGAGAAGAAGGACCUAGCCCAACGGGAUGCGAAUUGGCAGUUGCUGCAGGUCGAGGCACAGCUCCAGGAGGCCUCCGAAACAUUGCAGCGCCUGGCUCAGGAGUCGGAAGCACAGCAACGGCGUUGGUCGAGGAGAUUCGAGCAGCUCGCACAGGACCAAGAGCAGAACCAGGGCGAGCUGAGACGGCAGCACGAGCAGCAACAGCGGGAGUUGGCCCGGCAGCAAGAGGACAUGCGCCGGCGCGUGGAGCGCUUGAAGCAUGAGCAGAGAGCCAAGGAACGUCAGAUCGAAGAUCUUUCGGCUGAGGUUACACGCUUGGCUAAUCGUCCUCCCGAAGUUAUCCAGCGGAGGUCCAGUUGCUCAGUGAUGUGA